CCUAUAUUCACACAUGCAGCCAUAAAUGUACGUGUCAAACUUUUAGUCAUUCGUAAACUUAUCACAAAGAUUGCCGACGCCGCAUAUUGUACUUCUGGGUUACGUUCUGAGUUCUUCCUCUGAGAGCUUUUCAACGUAACAGUUCUUCUUUACAUUUAAACGUGAAACGGUAUUACAUGCACAAGUUCAAACAUUAACCUUCGGUUUCCGUGCCAGUGGGAAAUACAUUCGCAAAGAGUGACUAUGUUACUGGACGUGGCUCUUUGGGUUGCUUUGGCGUUCACGUGGGGCUUCGAUCAAACCGAGGCUGUUACUUCGGACUCUACAUACGUCGCUGCUGUCUACGAACACCGCGUGAUUUUUAACCCGGACCCCCAUACCCCACUAUCUCGGCUGGAUGCUCUUCAUCACAUGCGCAAGAAUUUGGCCGUAUACGAGGAGCAAGCCGCUCUGGCUGCCCGGCAGGGCGCCCAGAUCAUUGUCUUUCCAGAGGAUGGUCUUCAAGGUUUCAACUUUAGCCGUUCAUCAAUUUCCAGCUACCUAGAGACCAUUCCUGACCCCCAAGAGGAGACGUGGAACCCGUGCACGGAACCAGGAAGGUUUAAUAAUACAGAGAUUCAGCAGCAGUUGAGCUGCAUGGCUCGCCGCCACAACCUUUACGUGGUGGCCAACAUGGCUGACUUGCAACCGUGCCCCCUCCAGACAGACCCUGCGUCUUCUUGUCCCACAAAUGGACGCUGGCAAUUCAACACCAAUGUGGUUUUCAGGUCUGACGGACUGCUGGUGGCACGUUACCAUAAGCGAAAUCUUUAUUUUGAGGAAGCUUUUGACACACCGCCACGGCCUGAGAUCAUCAGUUUUGAGACCCCCUUUGCUGGGAGGUUUGGCCUCAUCACCUGCUUUGACAUCCUCUUCUAUGAGCCCAAAGUCCCUCUGCUGGAGAGGGGUGUGCGUCAGCUGAUCUUCCCCACAGCCUGGAUGAACCAGCUGCCUCUCUUGGACACCAUCCAGUUUCAGCAGGCGUUCAGCCUGGGCGCUCAGGUCACACUGCUCGCCGCCAACAUUCGCAGUGACCGCCUCAUCAUGACAGGAAGUGGCAUCUACACUCCUUUUGCAGCCACCUCUCACCACGCGCAGAGCGGAGACCCUGAGGAGGGCCGCCUGCUGGUGGCCAGAAUCCCCGUGUUGGGUGCCCACUCAGAAUGCGGCCAAGUCAAGGAGACAGCCGUAGAUUCAGGCUUCUGUCACCAUGACGACUGUCCUCUCUCUAUGCCCCAUUCAUCCACCUUCACCUCCACCAUGAUGCAUGAUCCAUUUAAAUUUGCCCUCCUUAAUGGCACAGAAGGCAACCUGAAGGUGUGUGACGGAGCUUUUUGUUGCCGCCUGCAGUUCCAGCGUUCUCCACAAAGUGACAGUGAUGAACUCUACGCACUGGGAGCUUUUGCUGGAACGCACACUGUCAACGGACGAUAUGCUGUACAGGUAUGCGCGGUGGUCCGUUGUGCUGGGUCUGAAGCCAGCUCCUGCGGACAAGAAGUGGAAGAGGCGGAGACAAAAUUAGACUUUGUUCUGGUGGGAGAAUUCGGGACCAAAUAUGUGUACCCAUCAGUGCUGGUGAGCCGUUACGUCCUGGAGCAACCAGAACGUGUCGAGAGAAGCACAGAUGGAAAAGUGACCAUGAAACAUUUGAACACGGACGGAGGGCUGGUCACUGCAUGCUUGUACGGACGCGUCUAUCAACUGGAUAACCAAUGACCCUCUGCCAGUCUGUCAGAAAGAAACAAAACAUUAACUGUGCAGUCAACUGAGAAGUCGGAUGAGAGUUGUUUGGAAAAAAUCAUGAAUAGUUAAUAAAAACAAAUAUCUUUA